AUGCAUCUAUAUUUUCUUUCGGCAGCUACCGUGUUCCUGUUCUACACAAUAUGGUCGCAACCCAAAUCUAGACUGCCUCACUUUGAUGAGACGUUGAGGGAUCUAUCUCUUGGUGACAUCAAUUUCUUGCACACCACGGACACGCAUGGAUGGUAUCUGGGGCAUAUCAAUCAGCGCCAGUACUCAGCUGAUUGGGGCGAUUUCCUAAGUUUCACUACGCAUUUUCGAGAGAUUUGUCAUGCUCGAGAUUCUGAUUUGUUACUUAUUGACACCGGAGACCGCCACGACGGCAAUGGACUGAGCGAUCUAACCACCCCAAACGGCUUAUACUCCUCAGACGUUUUUAUGGAACAGGACUAUGAUAUUGUGACAGUUGGUAACCACGAAUUAUACCUUGCGGCAGUGAGCGAGCUGGAGUACAAUACCGUUGUUCCCAGGUACGGAGAUCGCUUUAUCAGCACAAAUGUUGAGUAUCUCAACGACGAAGGUGAAUAUGUCGUUUUUGGUAACGGGAGAUACAGAUACUUCACCACGGAGGCCAAGAAAUACAACGUCUUUGCUCUAUCCUUCAUGUUUGAUUUUAAAGGAGGCAACGAGAAAGUCAGAGUCACACCUAUUGACACAAUCAUCAAAGAAGACUGGUUUUUGGACUUGCUUGAGACAUACACCAAAAAAUCUGUGGAUCUAGUUCUCGUUGCAGGACACGUUCCAGUCAGUCACAGUUGGCAAGAACUAUACGUUUUGCAUGGUGUCUUGCGGAGAUUCUUCCCCAACACUCCAGUCCAGUACUUUGGCGGCCAUUCACAUAUUAGAGACUUUACAUUGCUGGACGAUAAAGCUUUUGCUUUACAAAGUGGAAGAUACUGCGAGACUGUGGGGUUUAUGUCUCUGAGAAACAUCAAGGGUGAUAAUAUUACAAUUGACAGAAAAUAUAUCGAUUUCAACCUCCAGUCAUUUCUCCAUCAUACAAAAAGGGCUACCAUUGAACAGUUUAACACUGACGAAGGCUUGCUGGUAUCAGAGAAGCUGACGAAUUACAGCAACAAGUUGAAAUUGAGCGAGUCUUUUGGUGUUGUGCCCCAAAAUUACUAUAUGACGGGAGCAGACUACUAUUCAAACGAUUCGAAUAGUCUGCUUCGUUUUUUCGAGACCGACAUCCUACAAGAGCUGGAGCCAAAGAUCUGUCACGAGAACAUGGACCCAAUAAGGCCUCCACCGUCUAACUCAAGAAUUGUAUUAAUCAAUACCGGCUCCAUUAGAUACGACCUUUACAAGGGAGAUUUCAACAGGAACUCGCAGUUCAUCGUUUCUCCAUUCAAGAACAAAUGGAGAGUUCUUCAGAAUGUUCCUGCCAGAAUAGCAAUUCGCAUCCAGGAGAUUCUGAACAAGGGGCCUUACAUUUUGGAAGACGGGAUUGAUAGCACCAUUGACUUAGAUGAGCUGCUGUCUCCGUACCAGCGGGAAAUAAAUUCGAGGAUGCUGACUUUGAAACUCCGUUACGGUCAGAGGACAACAGAUGAUCUCGGUAACGAUGGCGACGAUACCAUCCACCGUCCACUCCCGCAAUUUGCAGUACCUAAUGUGAUCCAAUCCUUUGAAUACACAGACCAGCAGCAGCCUGUGGAUGUUGUGUUUUACGACUUUAUUGAAGGCUAUGUCCUGUGGGCAUUGCAGAAAGCAUGCGAUGGAGACAACCUACUUUACUACUCUUUGGUGCAGCAACUCACUUUUUACAACGAUUGCGAGCAAGAGUAUAACGUUGGAGAGCUGCUUAAAAAAUACUCUCUAAAACACUGGCAAUGA